AUGGAUCUCACCGGCUUGGAAAGACAGGGUGGGGAUGAAGCUUGUUGGUCUGCCUACUUGGUGGACAAGAAGUCAUAUGAUGAGGGAAGGUUUUCUGGCAAAUCUGUUGCCGGGGACAACACUUACAUCCCCAUAUCACUGCUGUGGACUUUGUCAGAGCGUGAGUCCAGUCAAAUAGAGUGUUGUUUUUCGGGGUUUAAUAUUUUCAAAGCUGAUACGGGUAAUGGUGGUUCAAUCAGGUCGUGGAAAUGCGUUUUUCCAAUGAGCAAUAAAGGAAAUCCUUAUUUAGUUGAUGGAUGCUACGAUGAUGAAAAAUGUGCAAGGUGUGCAGAGGACGGAGGUGCGUGUGAAUACUAUGAUGUAUAUGAUGAUUAUGACAGGAUUAGCGAAUACGAGUUCGUUUGUUCUCACGUCAUGAAGGGUAAUCGAAGACAUUCUAAACCCACGUUAUCCAUUGGUGCUAUUCUAGGUAUUAGCAUAAGCAUCGGUGUAGUUUUUCUUCUGGCGAUCAGCUAUGCCUCGUACAAGGUGAUCAACGAAGCAAUAGCCAGGAGACGCAGAAUGAGAUAUAUUAAACGGAAUGGGGGCCGACUACUAGAACAACAAGAAAAAUCCGACCCAUCCUUAGUUGGCAAAACUAUGCUUUUCUCUUUACAUGAAUUAGAGAAAGCCACUGACCGCUUCAGUGAGAAGAGAAUUCUUGGUGUGGGAGGCCAAGGUACAGUUUACAAAGGGAUGCUACUUGAUGGAAGAACCGUAGCUGUUAAGAAAUCAGAAAGAGUUGUUGAAAGCCAACAAGAAAAAUUAAUCAAUAAACAAUUUAUCAAUGAGGUGGUGAUUUUAUCCCAAGUCAUUCAUCGGAAUGUGGUCAAGCUAUUGGGAUGCUGCCUAGAGACCAAGGUUCCUUUACUUGUUUCGGAAUUCGUUUCAAAUGGAACCUUAUACGACCGCAUUCACAAAGAAGCCAAUGAAUUUCCACUUUCAUUGAAAAUGAGAAUACAAAUCGCUACUGAGGUUGCAAGAGCACUUGCGCACUUGCAUUCAGGAACUUCCAUCCCGAUAUACCACAUAGACGUUAAAACCAGCAAUAUACUUUUAGAUGAUAAUAACAUGGCCAAAAUUUCUGACUUUGGAACCUCAAGGAAUAUAUCACCGGAUAAGACUCGUUUGACUACUAUGGUCAUUGGUACCGUUGGCUACCUUGACCCAGAGUACUUGCAGACUGAGCACUUUAAUGAAAAGUGUGAUGUAUACAGCUUCGGAGUUGUUUUGGUUGAACUCUUAACCGGGGAAAAACCAAUGUUCCAAACUACAUCCGGUCAAAAAACACAGUUGGCUGCGCACUUCAUUUCAACUAUGGAAGAAGGAUGUGUGAUCUCGAUUUUUGAUAAAAUGGUCAUUAACGAGGGUACUACGGAUGAACUAUUGGCACUAGCUAACCUUGCUAUGCGAUGCUUGUGUAUAAAGGGGAAAGAUAGGGCCACAAUGAUGGAAGUUGAACAAGAAUGA